AUGUCGGACGCCGCCAACGUUGAAGUCGUCAAAGACGCGCUUGAAGACCUCACAAUUGGUAAGAAGAGAUCGUCGAGCAACGACGAAGAGAAAUCGCCACGCAAGCCGCGCAUUCCAACUGCCGAACGCAUCCGUCUUUGGGAGGAGGAGCAGAAAACGAAGCGUGUGCUCUCCACUGGACUUCAAGGAAAAGUCAAGUGGUACUCGGUUCUUCGUCGUUACGGAUUCAUUUCUCGCAACGACGGAGAGAAGGACGUCUUCGUUCACCAAACCGCCAUUGCCAAAUCGCUUACUGAGAAGUUCUACCUUCGCACACUUGGAGACGAAGAGGAGGUUCUCUUUGAUUUGGUCGAUGGAAAGAAUGGACCGGAAGCCGCUAACGUCACCGGACCAGACGGCGGAAACGUUGUAGGUUCGAGAUACCGCCACAAGCUGCUCUCUCGCUUCCGCAAGAACCGCAAGCCAAGACGGUCGGUCGACGGCGAGGAGUCAGGCAAUACCGAUGCCAAGACCAAGGAAGCAAAGCCCAACACCGAGGAAGAAAAAGAGAAGAAGAAACCAAGAAAGCAACGCAAGAACAGAACUCGCAAGCCAAAAGCUCACAAAGGAGCAGGCGAUGUUGCUGAUUCUUCGGCUCUCACCGAAUCUUCAAACUCGGCUGCUGGCUCUCCGGAUUCGAAGUCAUGCGCAAAAAUCAUCGAUGAAGAAGCCGCUCUCUCCAAACUUGACCGUUGCGGUUCCGCUCUUGGAGAUGCCGAACUCGGAGCUCAGGCGAUCGAUGCUCAGAUCUAA